AUCCCGCUCGCGCGCGCGCGCACACGCAGGCGGCCGCUCAGUCCGCGCAGCAGCCGAUCGCUGAGGAGAGAAGCGGAGAGGACCGGCGCCUCCCAAGACGGCCGCAGAGCCCAGCCACCAUGAGUGAAAUUCCUAAGGACUCAUUGAAGGCCAUUCUGUUGGAGUUAGAAUGUCACUUCACAUGGAAUUUACUUAAGGAAGACAUUGAUCUGUUUGAUGUAGAAGAUACAAUUGGGCAACAGCUUGAAUUUCUUACCACAAAAUCCAGACUCACUCUUUAUAACCUGUUGGCCUAUGUGAAACACCUAAAGGGCCAAAAUAAAGAUGCUCUAGAGUGCUUGAAACAAGCAGAAGAAAUAAUACAGCGAGAACACUCGGACAAAGAAGAAGUACGAAGUCUGGUCACUUGGGGAAACUAUGCCUGGGUUUAUUAUCACAUGGACCAGCUUAAAGAAGCUCAGAAGUAUAUAGACAAGGUAGGGAACGUCUGCAAGAAAUUGUCCAGUCCUUCUAACUACAAGUUGGAGCGUCCAGAGAUUGACUGUGAGAAAGGGUGGGCACUCUUGAAAUUUGGAGGAAAGUAUCACCAAAAGGCUAAAGCAGCUUUUGAGAAGGCUCUGGAAGCAGAACCCGACAAUCCAGAAUUUAACAUUGGCUAUGCCAUCACAGUAUAUCGGCUGGAUGAUUCUGACAGAGAAGGGUCUAUAAAGAGCUUUUCUCUGGGCCCCCUGCGGAAAGCUGUUACCCUGAACCCAGAUAAUUCAUACAUUAAGGUUUUUCUGGCGCUGAAGCUUCAAGAUGUACAUGCAGAAGCUGAAGGGGAAAAGUAUAUUGAAGAAAUCCUGGACCAAAUAUCAUCCCAACCUUACGUUCUUCGUUAUGCAGCCAAAUUCUAUAGGAGAAAAAAUUCCUGGGACAAAGCUCUUGAACUUUUGAAAAAGGCCUUAGAGGCGACACCAACCUCUUCUUUCCUGCAUCACCAAAUGGGACUUUGCUAUAGGGCACAAAUGAUCCAAAUCAAGAAGGCCACUCGCAACAGACCUAAAGGAAAGGAUAAACUGAAAGUUGAUGAGCUGAUUACAUCAGCUAUAUUUCAUUUCAGAGAAGCUGUGGAGCGAGAUUCUAUGUUUGCAUUUGCCUACACGGACCUGGCCAACAUGUAUGCUGAGGGAAGCCAGUAUAGCAAUGCUGAAGACAUUUUUCAGAAAGCUCUUCGUCUGGAGAACAUAACUGAUGAUCACAAACAUCAGAUACACUACCACUAUGGCCGCUUUCAGGAAUUUCACUGUAAAUCAGAAAAUACUGCCAUCCACCAUUAUUUAGAAGCCUUAAAGGUCAAAGACAGGUCAUCUCUGCGUACUAAACUGACAAGUGCUAUAAAGAAAUUGGCUGCCAAGAGACUUGGUCACAAUGCUUCAGAUGUGCAGAGUUUAAGUGCUCUAGGGUUUGUUUACAAGCUGGAGGGAGAAAAGAGGCAAGCUGCUGAGUACUAUGAAAGGGCCCAAAAGAUAGAUCCAGAAAAUGCAGAAUUUCUUACUGCUCUCUGUGAGCUUCGACUUUCCAUUUAAAUACAUACUCCAGGAAAUUAGUUCUAAGCUUUUUUUCUCCAUUUUGGUUUCUUAUAUUUUUGUUUAUUGUUUUAAUCCAUUUUUCAUUAUAGAGCUAAGUUUUACUGUUAUUUUGUACCUGGCAUCAUGCUAAAUACUUUAUAUACUUAGUUAUGAUGAAUCCUUUUUUUUAAAUUAAAAUACAGUAAUCCAUUGAGAAACAGCAAAAUUCCGGCUGUUGUAACUUUAUAAAGUAUGGUCAUUAUGACUUUAUGUCCUUUAUCUCUGCUAUUUAUAAUAAUUUCUGAUUAGAUUUUGUGAAGUUUUCCAUAUUACUUCCUUAUGCUGCGAGUAUAAUCCUACACAAACCUUUGACACCUAAGUCAGGAACAAUCUUUUAGGAGUGCAAAAUUAUAUUAGUUAAGCACUUAACUAUGUAGCUUGCAAAAGAUGGAAACUUCUAGUUACAGAUGUUCUAACUUUGAGGAUAUUUAACCAUCAACAUGAUAGUUACCUAAAGAAUCCUCUUUGUUGGAAGAAAAAAGUUUAUAAUAGAAGUUUGUCAUCCCUGAUGACUUCAAUCAAAGGAGAAAACACUAGAACAUGAGAAAAAAAGAUUUCCCCAUAUACAGAACUUCAGGGACCCAUGAGAAAUCCAAAGUAUUACCUCCCAAAAUAUUCAUUAAGUAGCUAGAAAUAGUGAUGAGGAAAAAAAUGAAUAAUGGAAAGUCGUUAGUUUCAAAUUUUUCUAGUUCUUUUAACUAGAAGAAUAAACCUAAAGUUAAUCUAGAUGGAAUUAAUUUUAUUCCUUCCAAUUAAAAUUGCAGUAUUUUUAGGUUAAAAUCAUUGAGAUAAAAAGCGGACCAAUUGGGCCUCCCUGGUGGUGCAGUGGUUAAGAGUCCGCCUGCCGAUGCAGGGGAUACGGGUUCGUGCCCCGGUCUGGGAGGAUCCCAUAUGCCGCGGAGCGGCUGGGCCCGUGAGCCAUGGCCGCUGGGCCUGCGCGUCCGGAGCCUGUGCUCCGCAACGGGAGAGGCCACAACAGUGAGAGGCCCGCAUACCGCAAAAAAAAAAAAAAAAAAAAAAAAAAAGCGGACCAAUUGAGAAAUUGGGAGAAAUGAUAAACAAAUGGGUAAAGUAGAUGCCCCUAACCUACAUCCCUAGAUUACCAAGAUUUCAGUGAUUUAGUUUUGGGUUUGGACUGGUUGGAAUUCUCAUCCACACAAUUUCUGGCCUUUGGUUAACUGUUUUAGUAUUCCAAAGUUACUUCUAUGAAGCUUUUCCUUUUGUCUGAAGUUUUCAGAUUGACAUGUUUUCCUGUAGAUCCUCUAGGAAUAGUUAAGCCCUAUUUUCAGUUUUAAUAUCCACUUUGAAGGGUCACUGCUUAUGGGCUUUUAUCCCAGAGGACUUUUUAAAUCGGAAUGUUGCUAAAAGUGGCUUCUUUAAUGUUGUUUCCUUGAUUAUAGACUACACAAUUAUAUUUACCACCACAGUGUUAGUGGAAAAAUAUGCCAUAUGAUUUAAUCCUCCGUACCUUCAAUGUAGCUCUUAAAACUACUGUAAUAUAUACUGUAUAUAUUCUCCAUACCUCCUAAAACUACUGUGUGUUUUUUACUUUUUGUUACUAUUUUUAUUUUUUAAAUUUCUAUUAUAGUUUUGAUUAUUAUAGAAGUAAUGAAUUCUCAUUGUAAAAUUUCAAACAAUACAGAAGUAUAUGAAUUUAAAAGAGCACUUCCUUCACCCUACCCCAAUUCCACAUGCCCAAGGUAAACUGUUAAUAAUUUGAUAGGUAUCCCUCCAGAUAUUUGUUUCUCAGCAUAUUCAAGCAUACAUAAAUACUGCAGUGUAUCUCAUGAAUUAAAUUUUUUAAAUGUUUUACUUAUCUCCCUGCUGGUUUUAUUUAUUUCGCUGAUUUCACUUGUUUAUUCAAGAAUUAAGAACAGGCAAGGGAAUGAUCUUUAAGUAUUUCAGUAAUUCAGGACCGAAGUCCUAACCUAUCAGUAGAAGCAUUUGUCCUGUUUUGCAGCAAAUAGCUUAUUUUGCGGCAAGUCAUUUUUUCCCAUUGGGAAUAAUGUUACGAUUAAGGUUAUGUUCCCAAGUAGAGACUUCAUACAUAAUAAAAUUACAGUUGUGAUAUCAAAACAAAGAUACAACUAUACAAGCCUCUCUAUUUAAACAGACUUUAAGGUCUAUUAAGUGAUUUUAAGAUCCACUAGAUAUUAAAAUAUUGAAAUAUAUAAGAAGCAUAACAUACUAAGAAAGUAUAAAAUCAGCAUAUGAAUAAUACAACUGUAUAAGUUGAACUAAAUAUUUAUAAUAACUUUAAAUUUUGUCAGUAUUGUGCUUGCCUUCCUAAACUUUAUAACUAUUUAGAGAUACUUUCAUAGACUCUUCAGUUUAAAAAAGACCUCAAAAUUCACCUUUAUUAAUUAACCAUCAAAAUUUGAAGGUUGAAUUAUCUUCCUAAACGAUAAUUUUGUCUUCAGAUAGUCCUUAUUCUUAGAAAUUUGGGACUUCCCUAGUGGUGCAGUGGUUAAGAAUCCACCUGCCAAUGCAGGGGACACGGGUUAGAUCCCUGCUCCAGGAAGAUCCCACAUGCCGCGGAGCAACUAAGCCCGUGCACCACGACUACUGAGCCUGUACUCCAGAGCCUGCGAGCCACAACUACUGAAGCCCGCACGCCUAGAGCCUGUGCUCUGCAACAAGAGAAGCCACUGCAAUGAGAAGCCCGCGUACCACAGUGAAGAGUAGCCCCCGCUCGCCACAACCAGAGAAAGCCCACGUGCAGCGACGAAGACCCAAUGCAGCCAAAAAUAAAUUUAUUAAAAAAAUAAAAUUUGUUUCUGCCAUUUAACUGAAGAC